AACCAAGCCGGCAAUCCCAAAAGCUUGUUCUUUUGGGGGAGCAGCCGCCUUGGCCCGAACUUCACCUCCAUCCUUAUCCCCCCUCGGCGAGUCCGGCCCAAUUGCUCCUUGCGACGCAGCUCCAGCCCGUCGGCCUAUCAGAGCAUCUGGGCCUUCCCGGGUGACCUGACGCUGCAUGCGAGUGGGUGGUGGGCCCAGCCAUUUCUCUCCGAAAGAACAUGUGCGACUGUGGGUGUGCAUGGAUCCGUGUCACGACGAUAUCUCGACACGGGCUAGGACCCAAUUGCAGCUGUUGGCGGCAGCACAUGGAUGGGGAUGGGUGGGAUCGGCAUGAAAUGGCCUGCCUUCAAGCCCAGCCCCUGUUUCCGCAGUGGUCGGAUGGAAUGGUCUACUGUAGAUAAAAACCGCAAAGAAUCCCCCACCGUACCUACAUACAUGGCUCUGGGAUUACUCUGCCGUCUCUCCAAAAUUAUAGUCCUCCCUGCACCCUCGCCUCAAUUCCUUCCACUCCUCAUCCGCGACAAUGAGGGGGUUUGGACGCAAAAAGUCGGAGAACGAGUCGGUGGCGACGCCCGAAACCCCCAGUCAGCCUGCCGGGAACGACGCCGAGGUGGAUAUAGUACAGAGCCAGCCGUUCUGGACCGCCAUCAUGCCAGUAAUCGCAUGCGGCGCCGGCCUUUUCUCAGACGGCUAUAUCAACAAUGUUAUUGGCUCUGUGUCAACUGUCCUUGGGAAGCAGUAUGACUCUGUGUACACCGAUUCGAAUGCCAAAAAGAUUGUCAGCGCCAUAGCCUUUGCCGGAACUGUUGUUGGCCAACUUCUCUUUGGCUGGCUCUCGGACAACUGGUCGCGGCGCAACUCCCUUCUCGUAUCGACUAUCAUCCUGAUAGUCUUUACUGCGCUCGCUACCGGCUCUUACUGGUACGGAGAGGCCGCGGGCAUGUUCAGCAUGCUGACUGCCUGGCGCUUCUUUGUUGGGAUAGGAAUAGGAGGAGAGUACCCCGCAGGAAGCGUUGGCUGCGCCGAGUCGACAGGCGAGCUCAAGAGCGGGAGUCGCAAUAUGUGGUUUAUCUUGUUCACCAAUAGCAUGAUUGAUUGGGGCUUCGUGAUGGGUGCAUUUGUCCCGUACGUUGUCGCGGUCGCUGCCCAGAACACGUACCUAGAGACCAUUUGGCGUACCAGUCUGGGGAUAGGCGUUGUGUUCCCCUUGGUGCUGCUAGGGCUUCGAUUCCGGCUUCAAGAACCCGAAGAGUUUAAGCGAAACUCGAUGAAGCAUGCCAAGAUGCCAUAUUGGCUGGUCCUGAAGUUUUACGGCUGGCGGCUGUUGAUGGUUAGCUUGAUUUGGUUCAUAUACGACUUCCUCACCUAUGCUUUUGGCAUAUACUCAUCGGCGAUCCUGGCAAACAUCUUCCCUUCCGAUGCGCCCUUGACCGUCAUCUUUGGCUGGAACACGGUCAUCAACCUAUUUUACAUACCAGGGACGAUGCUCGGCGCCCCCCUGAGUGAUCUGAUUGGGCCUCGGUACGCCCUCGCCGCCGGAGUCACGGUGCAGGCUAUAAUCGGAUUCAUAAUGGCCGGCCUCUACCCCAGCCUCUCACAGCCGUCUACGGUUGGGGCUUUUGCAGUGGUUUACGGCAUCUUUCUCACCAUGGGCGAGCUUGGCCCAGGGAACAAUAUCGGGCUUUUGGCAGCAAAAACCUGCGCAACCGGAGUUCGUGGGCAAUACUACGGCAUAGCCGCGGCCGUCGGCAAGAUCGGCGCCUUCGUAGGCACCUACGUCUACCCGUACAUCGAGGCGGCGGGCGGCGGCGACAAGGCGGCGUCGGCCCAGUACCCCUUUUACGUCUCGUCCAGCCUGUGCGUCGUGUCGGCCGCGCUCGCCCUCUUCUGCCUGCCCGACGUCGGGCAGGACACCAUCACGCACGAGGACGCGCGCUUCCGCCAGUACCUCGAGAGCCAGGGCUACGACACGCGCCAGCUCGGGCUCAAGAAGGGUGAGAGCCUCGACGACGACGUCGCGGCCGACGACAAGGGCGCCGCAGCGACCGCCGCCCCGACGUCAAACGCAGUCGGUGCCACAAAGGCAUAGUGGGCUUCAUGUAGGUGGUCGCUGUCUGUGCGUGCCGGUAGAUGAUGGGGCAUGGUAGGGUGGAACAAUGAAGGGUGUAUUCAACGCUUGCGGCGGCGGCAUGUUCUCCAGUGGAGGUUGAAAUUCCGCGGGUGAUAUACCGACAUGAUGAGAAUUUUGGUGGGCUGCCUUGGUGAAGGAGCAGAUAUCAAAAUAUGAAGUCAUGAGAUAGCUAGUUGCGGAAGCUAUUUUGUAUUGAGUGUUAUGUCUGCACUUGCAGAGGAAGCUUGCUUUAAACUGGCAACCCAGCUUGGUCGCAAUAAUGUUCGUUCCUCUACAAGGGCCAAUUCGCUGCUGGGAUUCGACAUUUGGCACCCCGGUACCGAUAUCCCGUGAGGAUGGCGUACGGGAACUCAGCUCCCCUCGCGACAGCUGGUUGUAAGGGAGCGGGAGGAGAAAAGAAAGAAAAGGAGAAUCGGCACCGAACGGCAGCAGUAUGAUGGCGGACCCCAGUAAAGAAAGGACGUUGAGCUAGGGAACUCAGGUGGCAGCUUCGCGUUCUCUCAGUUAAAGACCCUGUGACCGCUUCACUUUUGGCCCAAUGUUCUCCAUCAUUUUAU